CAACGCAAAGAUAUCUGUAUACAUUGCUAAGAGAAUGGAAGUUUUAAAGAGCUACGACUGUGCUAUCGACAAGUUAAUGGCGACUGAGCUUAGGCUCGGAUUGCCAGGGAUUGAAGGCCCAUCUGAGGUACAGACAAGAGGCACCAAGAGAUCCAACGAGCAAAGUGAUGAUCAAGAAAUUGCGACCGCAACAAAGGCACAAGUUGUGGGAUGGCCUCCACUUCGAUUACCAAGAAAGAACUGUUCCUCUCGAGCAAAGGCGAAGAUAGAGGGUGAUAAUAUUGGAGGGUUAUAUGUCAAAGUGAGUAUGGAUGGAGCUCCAUACUUGAGAAAAAUUGACCUAAGCACGUAUCAGGGAUACAAUGAGUUUAGAGGGGGCUUGAAGAAUUUGUUCAACUGCUUUUCCUUUGAUUACGCAGCCACGUAUGAGGAUAAAGAGGGAGAUUGGAUGCUAGUAGGAGAUGUUCCAUGGGGGAUGUUCGUCUCCUCUUGCAAGAGGCUAAGAAUAAUGAGUGUAUCUGAAGCAAGGGGAUUGGAUUCAACUCGAUGACUAAACUUUUAUUUGCGGAGCUUUUGUACAUGACCUUCCUGACAAACCCAAAUCCAAGAACAAGGGACUAGAGAGCGAAAGAACCUCUUGUUUUUCUUUCUUUUUUUUGUUUUAGUUAGCAAUAGGAAACAGAUGCGGGGCUGCAUAUGGAAAUUUGAAGAAUAUAAUAGAGAAAAAAAAAAUAUUUGCAAGUUUUGGACAUUGUAUGUAUAGUAGGAAACGUUUCCUGGAUAUACUUUUACUUAUG